CCUCCGCCCCGGACUGCAGCAGACGGGGCGCCCGCCGGCCGGGGCUGCAUGGGGCUCCCGCGUGGCCCACUCCUCUGGCGGCUGCUCCUGCUCACGGCUGCCUGCUCGGGGGUCCUCCUCACCCUGUUCUCCUCGGCGGGGAAGCCACGCCCGGGGCUCCGGGCCGCAGCCAGGACCACCGCAGCAUCUCAAGCAUUCUCUGGACCCACGGCAGUGAAUUCUGGGACCAGAAAGGAAACCACCCCAGCCCUCUCAUCUGGUCACCCACAGAGCAGGCCCUGCAGAGACGCGCUUGCUCGGGCCAUCCAGCGGCAUCCACGCUUCCGGAGUCUGUUCAACUUCUCCAAGCCAGUGCUGCUGUCUGGGGGCCUCUUCACCCAGGGGCUCUGGGACAGCCUGAGCCAGCGCAAAGCCCCCUAUGGCUGGCAGGGGCUCUCCCACCAAGACAUCGCCUCCACCCUGAGCCUUCUGAAUAGCCCGGACAGCGCCCAGCUGUUCAGCCCCAGGGAGCUGCGUAGAGACUGCAUCCGGUGCGCUGUGGUGGGCAACGGAGGCAUCCUGAAUGGGUCCCGCCAGGGUCUGCACAUCGAUGCCCACGACUAUGUGUUCAGACUCAAUGGUGCUGUGAUCAAAGGCUUCGAGGAGGAUGUGGGCACCAAGACCUCCUUCUAUGGUUUCACUGUGAACACAAUGAAGAACUCGCUCAUCUCCUACAAGAAACUGGGCUUCACCUCUGUGCCACAAGGACAGGACCUGCGCUAUAUCUUCAUCCCCUCCGACAUCCGCGACUAUGUGAUGCUGAGGUCAGCCAUUCUGGGUGUGCCUGUCCACAAGGGCCCGGAUGAAGGGGACAGGCCUCACACCUAUUUUGGACCAGAAGCCUCUGCCAGUAAAUUCAAGCUACUCCAUCCAGACUUCAUCAGCUACCUGACGGAGAGGUUUUUGAAAUCAAAGCUGAUUGACACAAAUUUUAGAGAUCUGUAUAUGCCUAGUACUGGGGCCCUCAUGCUGCUGACAGCUUUACAUACCUGUGACCAGGUUAGUGCCUAUGGAUUCAUCACAAGCAACUACUGGAAAUUUUCUGACCACUACUUCGAACGAGUUAAGAAGCCACUGAUAUUCUACGCAAACCACGAUCUGUCCCUGGAAGCAGCCCUGUGGAGGGACCUGCACACGGCCAGCAUCCUUCAGCUGUACCAGCGCUGACCCUCAGCACCAAGCCCUUUGUUCUCACCGAGCCGAAGCCGCCUAUCUUCACGAGAGGGGCUCCAGCUCCCCUACAUCCACUCCUUCUGCAUAGAUAUCAAGAGGUGGAUUUGUGACUGACACUGACGCCGGUUCAUUGUGGAACACCCGAACUUGUCCUUGGCUUAUCCAAGAAAACUCUGGGUCUGAGACACACUCCAACGUGGGUAAGGGAAAAUUGACUGCUCUGCUGGAUUUAAGACGGAAGACAAAGAACACUCCCGAGAUGUGAUUAUCACCCUCACCAGCAAGGGGCAGGCAUCCUUCAGAGCCAGCCUCAAAGCCAGCAGGUGGUACUGAGCAACUUUAGGAAGUGAUCCAACAUUGGGGGCAGUUGCACCCUCCCUGCCAAAACCCUCCCAUUAGCAUGCACAGCCCCACACUAACUCCAGCUGUUUCAACUCAAGGACCCAUCUUAACCUUUCUGAGAACAUGACCAAUGUACACCUGCCCCAUGGUCAAGUGGGAGUACAAAAGGCAGAAUAUAAUCUGAAAUCAGAUCAUGGCAUAAAUGAUGGAUAACCAUUUUCUGUGUGUGUGUUGAUUGGGGGUAGUGGUACACCAUGCAGGGAUGAGAUUUCAAGAACCACGAGAGCCUGGCCGGUGUGGCUCAGUGGUUGAGCGUCGACCCAUGCACCAAGAGGUCGCUGGUUCGAUU